AAGUCACAUCCCUAAGACAGGGAGCGAGUGUCAAGCUGCGAGUCUUUUUUUUCCCUGCGCGGAGGAUGACUAUGGAGAGCUCCAAACUGUGGGCGCGGGUGGUGGCCUGCGCAAUGCUGCUGUCCAUGCUUGCGGGUGCUGAAACGAGCGACUCGGAUAUGGAAUUGGACCUGGAUACGAGAGCCAUCAGGGACUUCUAUCCUAAAGAUCCAAACUUGACAAACGAAAAACAGCUUCUCGGGGCUCUCCACGACGUCCUGGAAAAACUACAGGCUAAACGAAUUCCACUUUGGGAAAAGAAGUUUGGAAGGGUUCCAACGUGCGACGUCGGCGAACAGUGCGCCCUCAGGAAAGGAGCACGAAUCGGCAAACUGUGCGAUUGCCCGAGAGGAGCGUUUUGUAACUUUUUCUUGUUGAAAUGUUUGUGAAGUGCCCUGUUUCCUUUCCAGUAGAACACGUAGUUGGUGUCUGUGAAAACACACCACUUUAUGUAUGUACAAAUUGUAUGACUGACUUUAUAAUGCCCCGCUCUAUACAAGUGCCACCACAGAGAUAUACCGACGGACAUUACGGCUCCAGGACUCCCAUGUUGGAUGCUUCGACUGGAUGUUUAUGUG